GUUUGUGUUCAUAGCUCAGUCUGUUAAGAACCAAUUCUUACUUUAUUAGUUACGGUCCUGCUUAGAAACCUGAUUGUUGUUGACUCCGUUAUUCAAGUUAAAUUAAGAUUUAAUUCACUUAUCAGGAUAAACUUAUCAGUGAUCAAUAUUAGAUACUUUAAAUGAGCUGAUCAUUCUCAUACCGGGCUAUCAAUUGUAAGCAAUCACAUCGAACCUGUGGACAAUCUGUAAUUUGAGUACUUCCUAGUAUCAGCUGAUAGUGACAUCAUGCAGUUUGAAAACGAAACGUAUCUUGGAUUAGAUCUCAGCACCCAAAAGCUAAAAGCUGUACUGCUCAACACAAAACUCGAGAAUGUAGCCCAUGCAGAGGUAAAAUUUGAUUCGGAUCUUCCCGAAUUUCGAACCAGUGGUGGAGUAAAUAUUGGGGUUGAUAAAAAUGAAUUCUACGUUCAACCAGUGAUGUGGGUAAAAGCUUUAGAUAUGGUGCUAGAUCGACUGGUAGUCCAAGGCGGAGAUUUGAGUACGGUUAUGGCUGUCAGUGGUUCUGCUCAGCAGCAUGGAUCACUGUAUUGGUCCCGAAGUGGCAUAAAUACGUUGAAAAAUUUAGAUGCUGAUAAAUUCUUGCAUACGCAAAUUGAUGAUUCAGCUUUUACGCUACAUCGUACACCUAUCUGGAUGGACGGAACUACCGGAAAGCAAUGCGAAGAAAUGGAGAAACAUGUAGGAGGACGAGAAAAAAUGGUGGAAAUCACCGGUUCCAAAUGUUACGAACGAUUCACUGGUCCGCAAAUUCGAAAAGUGUACGAACAACGCCCUGAUUGCUACCGAAAUACGGAAAGAAUUUCGUUGGUAAGCAGUUUUCUCGCAUCGAUAUUUUUAGGAGAUAUUGCUCCAAUCGAUUAUUCCGAUGGAUCUGGAAUGAAUUUGCUUGAUAUUAGGAAGCGAAAUUGGUCAGAUGAAUGCUUAUUAGCGUGUGCUCCUAAUUUACUCGUCAAACUAGGAACUCCAGUUCCCACUUCAUCGGUUAUAGGAACAAUAGGUCAAUUUUUCGUUCAAAGGUACAAUUUCAAUGCUGAUUGUAAGGUGGUGGCUUUCACUGGGGAUAAUCUGUCCGCCUUAGCUGGAAUGGCUAUCGGAGAAGAUUGGUUAGCUUUGUCACUAGGAACGAGUGAUACAAUUAUGAUGAAACUGAGUGAACCUCCAAAUCUCCAGGAAGGACACGUUUUAGUACACCCAACGGACAACGGUUAUAUGGGACUAUUAUGCUUUCGAAACGGUUCCCUUGUGAGAGACAUAUUCAAACGAGCCGAAGCAAACGACAACUGGGUGAACUUCAGCGAGCUGUUGGAUUCUACACCUCGAGGCAAUUUUGGAAACAUGGCCCUCCACUUUAUAUCCAAGGAAAUUAUUCCACCAGUGAAAGGAUCGCUGCGUUGGAAUAAAUCAUCUAAUUUGAGCAACUCAGAGCUAGCUCGAGGCGUGCUUAAAUACAGCUCUCCACAAACUGAAAUCCGUGCUCUAGUUGAAGGUCAAAUGCUUACCAGAAAAGCAUACGCUACCGAAAUGGGUUUCAGCUUCGGUGAAAAAACCCGUAUCCUAGCGACCGGUGGAGCUUCCGCCAACAAAUCCAUUCUACAAGUUGUUUCCGAUGUCUUCAACGCUCCAGUUUACACACAACAGACGACGGAAGCCGCUCUUCUCGGUGCUGCUUACAGAGCCAAAUUUGUCUUGGAGAUGUCCCGAGCAAAAAAACACGGCGAUCCAAAGUCUCUAGAAUCUUACUAUGAGUACAUCAGCGAACAGCUUCCCGAACACAGUGUGACUCGGGUUUGUGACCCUGCUCAGGACAGCAGCAACAUCUACGACGAAAUGCUAGAUCGACAUGAACAAAUGGUGCAGUAUAUGUUGGAUCAUCAAGACUAAGCCUCCUUAAUAGAGAUGACUGAUUUAACAACAUUCCUGCUUGAAGUUAUGCGCUUGCGACAAACAUUCCAACUCGGUCAAAAUACGGGGCUUUCUUAAUAUUUUCCCAUAGUGAUUACUUACCGUACUAGUAAACUGCAUACAGCAAUUUUGUUGAUUUUAUUACUUGUUAGAUGUUUAAGGAAAUAGAAUUUAUUAAACGUGUAACUUACCACCAGCGUAGCAGUUA